AUGAGAGGUAUACGACUCGGCCAUUCUCUAAAUAUUAGACGCAAUAAACGACGCCAACUUAAAUUCGAUGAUCAAGAGGAGUCAGCUAGCUUUGAGGAGGAUGAUUUCGAUACUGGCAUCUUGAAAAUCGAUGAUGUCGAUGAUUUAUGCUUUAAGAGUGGUGACCCAACAGAUGAUUACAAAAUAGGAGAGACAAAUGUGUCCCAAUUAUUCAGGAAUUAUCAGAACGAGUCAGUAAGAAUUGCAAAGGACGGAGGUUUAUUUGUUGAAUCAAACGUUCAUGAAAUACUGUCGUUAUCGUCGAUUUUUUUGCUUAUACCAAACUCUCAUUCAAAAACAAUGAUCAACAUAUUUGGUUCCCGUUUGGUUGAUAAAAUACAUCUAAAAGUAAAGCCGGUCCAGGGCACAACAUUAAACCCAGACUGGGAACUAAAAUUCCAAGAGGCAAUCAAGAAAGCGACAAAAAUAUCACGUGAAUGUGCCGUAGAUUGGUUCUACACAGAACUUGCAAGGGAUCGAAACUUAAGGGAAAACCUGGGUUCUGUGAUUUUGAACUACCUGGAAACGUUACCUAUUGAGAAAAUUAGAAAUGAACCCAACGAAAUAACAUUUAUUAUAAAUUAUUUGGACAAUAUUAUGAGAGGUACAUUUCAUAAUCCCGACAAACACAUCGUUCAAUGGCCCAACAUAAAUCCGAAAGAAAAUUCCGCUAUAUUUAUAGGUGAAGUCAGUGCUCCAUCACAAAAAGAUAACGUGUACAAGAAUUGCAAAGAUCUUAUUAUGCUUGGUGUUUUAAUGAAAGACUGUAUGGAUUCUGCAAUUGAUAAAGGCGCUGAUAUUAACAUUAUAGGUUUUCAAUGUGUUGAUAAUAUUAUCGACUUUUAUAUAACAGACCUUAUUCAAGGAAUAUAUUUUAUGAUUCACGUUGGUCAAGUUUCAGUUCCGACAUCUGUAAAAGAUAUGAUCUAUUUUGUUAAUGAGAUAGAAAUUCUUUUAGGAAUACGUGAGAUUCUUCAAAAAUCAUAUGAUACCUUGCAUGAUAAGAACUGUAGUCCAAGUUUACCAUUAGCAAAGGCAAAAUUCAAACGGGAUACUUUUGGCACACCCCAGUUUAAUCAGCUUCUGAGUAAAACUCACGACUGUUACGGAAUUUGUUCACACCGAUAUGGACAUUUUUGA